AUGUCUACUUCAACCCCUAAAACUUUACAUCCUAUAGUGCUCAAUGAUAAAGAAAAACAAAUCACCACUACUUUACAGGAUUACACAAAAUAUUACAACACAAAUAUUGCAAAUGACAAAGAUAUUCAGCCAAUUGAGCUUAGGAUUACAGGUGGAUGGGUGAGAGACAAACUUUUGGGAAAGGAAUCUCAUGAUAUAGACAUUGGUAUUGACCAUAUAUCAGGUUUGGAAUUUGUCACUGGUCUUAAAGAAUACCUGGACAGGCAAACUGAAGACAUAUCAGGAACCGGAAAGAUUACUACAUCAUUGACAGGAAUUCAUAAAAUUAAGAAAAAUCCAGAAAAGUCGAAACAUUUGGAGACAUGUACAACACACUUGCUAGGAAAUGACAUUGAUUUUGUCAAUUUAAGGAGCGAGAAAUAUACCGAAGAUUCUCGUAUUCCUACCAUAAAAGCGGGCAGUCCAAAAGAAGAUGCAUACAGACGAGACGCUACAUUAAAUUCCUUGUUUUUCAAUCUUAGAACCAUGCAAGUUGAGGAUCUUACAGGAAGGGGUCUUCAAGAUUUAAAGGAUGGCAUUUUGAGAACCCCCUUAGAACCAGAAAAAACAUUUUUGGAUGAUCCAUUGCGUUGUCUACGAAUGAUUCGAUUUGCAUCUAAUUUUAAUUUUAUCAUAGAUAAAGCGGCAAUGGAGGCAAUGGAUAGGAAAGAAAUAAGAGUUGCACUUGAUCGAAAAAUUAGCAGAGAAAGAAUUGGAAGUGAAUUUCGCAAAAUAAUACUUGGAAAGAAUCCGAUUUAUGGACUUAGUCUAUUAAAUACUGUUGAAUUUUAUAAUAUAUUUGGCUUUGGUGAGAAGGAAAUGGGCGAAGAGAAAGUCGUGAAACCGGUAAACAUGGACGAGAGAGCUAUGAACAGUUUAAUAAGCGAUGGGAUCAAAGCAUCCCUCAGUGAUAUUGUGGCUAGCUUACCGGUUAUUAAAGAUUUUGUAUUUGAUCAUAGUGGAGCAUACAACCGGCUCAAAUCCCUUUUCGGGGAACCUUUCAGAAAUGACUUAUCUACCUUGGCAUUUUACUGUUCUUUGAUUUUGAAUAAAUGGAAUAAUGAAACUGUGAUUCAAACAGAUGAUUACAGGUCAGAGGAAAAAACAACAGGUAAGAAAAGGAAAGGGAAGAAGGUGAAGCCAACUAGUGCGGCUCAUUUAAUUGUACUCCAGGGACUUAAAAUGCCAAUGAAAGAUGCUAAUUUGAUAUCGUUGAUCGUGUCAGGGAUGGAAGAAUUUGGGAUAAGAUUUAGGGAUUACAAGAACAUGAGUAGAUCAGAAAUAGCUCUCAAACUGAUAAUUCCAUAUGGAGAAAACUGGAGGCUCAAUCUACUUGUUUACUUUAUACUCAGAAAUUUUAAACAUAUGGAAUUAAUUGAAGACACAUCCAAUUCUAUUGAGGAAUUUUUGGACAUGUGCGAAAAGCUAGAUUUAGAGUAUGCUUAUAAAGAAACAGUUAUGGUUAAUGGAAGAGAGCUAAUAAACUCACUGAAAAGAAAGCCAGGCCCUUGGCUGAGACAAAUUAAUGGCAUUUUGCUUGAAUGGCAGCUCGAUCACCCUAACUGUACCAAACAACAGGUGGUGGAAUACGCACAGAAAUUGGACAUAUAA